AGUCCCGGCAGCAGCCGUGGUCACAGCGGUGAAAAAGCCGUGUGAGGGGACGAACAAUAAGUAGUGCGGUGGCAACGGGGUGCUCCUCCAGUUUGCUGCAGUGCUCCACUCGGGUGCCUGCUGCAUUCCGCUACAGAGUUUGGUUUCUUUCCCCGAUCCCAAACUCCUGUGUGCUCACCAACACGACUUUCAGCUAGUUAAUCAUUCGGCUGAAGGUGGCCCUUUGUAAGGGUUAAUCAUCCGUCAAAUAUUUAAUAAUUGUUUGUUCAGAAAAUUUCCUGCAUUGUUCAUGGAGUUUUUCAUCAGUAUGUCUGAAACCAUUAAAUAUAAUGAUGACGAUCACAAAACUGUGUUCUUGAAAACAUUAAAUGAACAACGUUUGGAAGGAGAAUUUUGUGACAUAGCUAUCGUGGUUGAAGAUGUUAAAUUCCGAGCACAUAGGUGUGUGCUUGCUGCCUGCAGUACCUACUUCAAAAAGCUUUUCAAAAAACUAGAGGUCGAUAGUUCCUCAGUAAUCGAAAUAGAUUUUCUUCGUUCUGAUAUUUUUGAGGAAGUUCUUAAUUACAUGUACACUGCAAAGAUUUCUGUUAAGAAGGAAGAUGUAAAUUUGAUGAUGUCUUCAGGCCAGAUUCUUGGUAUUCGUUUUCUGGAUAAACUCUGCUCUCAAAAACGUGAUGUAUCUAGUCCUGAGGAGAACACACAGUCCAAGAGCAAGUACUGUCUGAAAAUAAACCGUCCUAUUGGGGAACCUAAUGAUACCCAGGAUGAUGAGGUAGAAGAGAUUGGAGAUCACGAUGACAGUCCAUCAGAUGUGACAGUGGAAGGAACUCCCCCCAGUCAGGAAGAUGGGAAAUCACCAACCACUACCCUGAGAGUUCAGGAGGCGAUUCUGAAGGAGUUGGGAAGUGAAGAGGUUCGAAAGGUAAACUGCUAUGGCCAAGAAGUGGAGCCUAUGGAAACAACGGAGUCAAAAGACUUAGGAUCUCAAACCCCCCAGGCUUUGACAUUUAAUGAUGGCAUAAGUGAAGUGAAAGAUGAACAGACACCAGGCUGGACGACAGCAGCUGGGGAUAUGAAGUUUGAAUAUCUGCUUUAUGGUCAUAGGGAACACAUUGUAUGUCAGGCUUGUGGUAAGACCUUUUCUGAUGAGGCACGACUGAGAAAACAUGAAAAGCUACACACUGCUGAUAGACCAUUUGUUUGUGAAAUGUGUACAAAGGGCUUUACCACACAAGCUCAUUUGAAAGAGCAUCUGAAAAUACACACAGGUUACAAGCCUUACAGUUGCGAGGUAUGUGGAAAGUCUUUUAUUCGUGCACCGGACUUAAAAAAGCAUGAAAGAGUUCACAGUAAUGAGAGGCCAUUUGCAUGCCACAUGUGCGAUAAAGCUUUCAAGCACAAGUCCCACCUCAAAGACCAUGAAAGAAGACACCGGGGAGAGAAACCUUUUGUCUGCAGUUCCUGCACUAAAGCAUUUGCUAAAGCAUCAGAUCUAAAGAGGCAUGAGAACAAUAUGCACAGCGAAAGAAAACAAGUUACUACAGCCAAUUCCAUCCAGAGUGAAACAGAACAGUUACAGGCAGCAGCUAUGGCUGCUGAAGCAGAGCAGCAAUUAGAAACUAUAGCUUGUAGUUAAAAAAAAAAAAAAAAAAAAAAAAAGAAAGAAAGAAAGAAAAACACCCAGAAACUUUAUCAAAAAUAAUAUAAGAUAUUAAAAUGAACAAAAUCUAUUGUUGAUAUACAUUUAGAUCAAUAAUUAUCUUUUGGAAAAAAAAAAACCUCAACUAUUUUUAUUGGAUUUGAAUGCUACAUAGGAACAGAAGGCAUUGUUCAGUUAGGUAUCUUAAAAAAUUCAGAGAUGGGUAUUGUUAGAAUAUAAAAUAGUUUUGUUGUCAUUAGCAGUAUAAUGCACUAAUAGCUGAUUUAUUUUAAGGUUAUGAUCAAUUUCUCUAUAAAACAGGGAUCAUCACUGGAGGAUAUUUUGCUUUAUCAAGCAUGGAAUACUGCAUACAAUAUAGACAUCAAAAUCAGUGAAUGAUGUCUAAAAUGCUGAUAGCUCAUAAAAUUAGAAACAGAAAGGAAAUAGUUGUUUUUCAUAAUUUUGAAGGUGUUAGGCUUACAAUUCUUGAGAAAGAAGCAAGAAAUGAUUCCCUAUUUUUUUUAAUGCCUCUUUUUUUUUUUUUUUUUUUUUUUAAUACCUAAGGUAGGUGCUAGAGGUUAGUACAGCAGGGUAAUGGGGGACUAUGAUCAAAAUUAAAUUUCUUCUUUUUCCACUCCCUCAAAUAUCCUUUCAUUUUAACUGAGGUGGCAAGUUUUAUUAACUAGGAAGUACUCGCUUUCCUAAAAAAACUGCAUUAUUCACCAUGGUCCAGGCUGGCAAAGAAGGGUCUUGCACUUGCCAGUCCCUUCUAUGAGGAAAAAGUGUCUGACUUAUUUGUUUCUGUGUUAAUUCAGAAGGCCCCAGGAUAUGGAACAGAACUACAAGGAAAAAAGGUGCAACAUGGAGAAAGAGCUAUUUUCCUUAAUGGGACCUGGUAGAACUGAGUUAAAGCUCAUUUGCAGCCUGACAUGAUAGCUUCUGUUAUACAGCUUUCACUCCACCUAACCUAGCACAGUCAAGGCAAAGAGCAGCACAGGAGGAUUAAGUGCACUGGCAAGUGACUGAAAUUCACUGCUGGAGCAUAGGGCACAGCCAUGGCCUAUUGCAUUACCUGCCAGCAGUGUUCAGACUGGGAUUUUCUAUUUUAGCUGGUUGUACCAACUUGUAAGUCCUGCUCACCUUUAAAGAAUUCCACCUUCUGGCACACUGCCACUCAGCAAGAGGGAGACUUCAUUGGGUGAUUUCAGUCUUAAAUUGAUUCAGAAUCAGUGUUCACUUGUAGUCUGUUACCUGGAGUUUCCUGUCAUGUUUUUUUUUGUUGUUGUUUUUUCCGACAAGCUGCUGCUAGUUUAACUGUUAACUCACAGAGUCAACAAAAUAAGUCAUCUUUGGAUUGCAGUCUGCUAUGUGUAGUUAACAAGAGAAGACACAAAAAUAGUGAUAAUAUGAUCCAAAGGGAUAUCGAGCCUUUAUUUAAAAUUUGUAAAUACUCAACUAUUGUCAACACUUCAUUUGAAGUAGGAAUGGGCAAAAAAUGCAUUAUUUUUGGUACAUGGUUGGACAACAUUGAUCAUUUGCGAUACCUAUAGCAUAUGAAAGUGUUAGACCAGUUUCUGGUAAGUUACUGUGUAGUAGAUCACAUUUUGCAUUUCUAAGUAGAAAUUGAAAAUAGCAUUUUUGGAACUGUUCUAUGAAACUUUGCUUAUUGUUUUGUUUGUUUGCUUUUAUACAGCUUCGUUAUUUUCAUGUACCCGUCAGGUUAAGCAAUUAUCUUAAAAUGCCAAUAAUCGUUUGAAGGCUGGUUUGUAAAUAAAACGUGAAUUUAAUAUUUUAGAAAAUGUAAACUUUGGACCUUUACCAAUAUAUUUUUUUAAAAUGUUGCUUCAUUUUACAUUCAGUAAUAUUAGUUUGUAAACAAACUAUACAUUUUGUAUCUGUGCAACAUCAGAGGAUGUGUAUUCAUUGCAUUUUAUUGGUUCUCUUGAGGAACAUGAUAAAUGACCAUUGUUAAAAUGUUUUAUUGUAUAUGAUCACAGAUAAAGAUAGUAGGUCCAGAAUGGGAUCUACUUUUUUCUUUCUAA